UCCGGAUAUGAUGAAAAUGUUUGAGACGCAACUAUCAGAAAACUACCGCCACUGCACGUCGAAAGUGUCGCGCGAGGAGUAUUAUUGUUAACAUCUGGACAAAGUGGGACUGGGACACGCGCUGACCGCUAAACUUACCGUUAAAAAAGUUUCUGGUCGCUUCUCUUUCACCCUUUUUUCGUCUUUUCUUCCUGGGAAAGAGUUGCAGGGAGGAAGGGAGGAUGGGAAUAAGUUACAUUUGAAGCGAGGGAGUUGUCAUGUUUGAAAGCUGAUGAUGAGACAUUGGUUUGAGGGCUGAGGGAAAGGAGGAACUUCUUCUGCGGCUGUGUGUGUCCCAAAAACACGACUGUCUCAUGUCCAAGGAGACUGUCCUGACUCCGGAUGGGCCGGGAGGGCCAGGGAAGGGCCCUCAGCAAGAGACAAGUCCCCUGCUGUCAGCCUCACAAGAUGCUUGUGACAGUGAAUCGUCAGGAAGAACAGCAUCUCCGAGGAAACCGGACACUGAAGGACAAAGUCACGUGACCGAGGAGAAGUCUACUUAUGGCGAGCCUGUAAGAACUCAACCCCAGUCUCAACCAGAGCCUGCCGAUGGAGACGCUCGCAAGGACCAAAAUAGCUUUCACCACAACAGCACUGGCACGCCCACGUUCAGCAACGGCGUACACCCGGGGGCAGCACGCACAUGCUCCUGCGGUGCCAACAUCCCUACGGGGGCCACGGGUGGUUCUGGCCCCGGCACAAGAGAGGCGCCGACCACGGAGCAGCCCAGGAAGCAGCCGUUGACGCCGGUGUCGCAGAGGAUGCAGAGGAAACUGAGGUCCAGCUUGUCGGUGAACAGCGAUAGCAGCCGGCGCAGUAAAGGCAGCUCCACCAGCUCACAGAAACCUCCUUUACCCGAGGACUGCUGCGUCCACUGCAUCUUGGCGUGCCUGUUCUGCGAGUUCCUGACUCUUUGCAACAUGGUGGUGACGCAGGCCUCGUGCGGCGCCUGCACAUCGGAGGCCUGCUGCUGCUGCUGCUGCGCCGACGACAUGGGCGACGACUGCAACUGCCCCUGCGACAUGGACUGCGGCAUCAUGGACGCCUGCUGCGAGUCUUCAGAUUGCCUGGAAUUCUGUAUGGAGUGCUGCGGCAUCUGCUUCCCCACAUAGGGGGGUGGGGGGGCUGUGUCUCUGCAGGGGGGAUAACUGGACCCUGGGUGGAGGAAUGGAAGGAAACUGCUGCUGCUGUCACUUUGAAUUCAGCAGCAGACAGGGAAUAUGUGUGUGUGUGUGCGGUAAAUGUGUUUGUGAACGUCCUUUUUUUAUGUGAGUGUGUGGUAUGGUGUGGCUGAGUAAAGCAUGCUUUGAAAGAUGUAUUUUGACACUGGGCUUCUUCAUCAAAACCAGCUCAGCAAGAGCUCGAAGUAACUCCAGAUAUAUGAACAAUACAUCUUCUGUGUGUUAAGUAUUCUAUCCUUUGCGUAAAAAGUAUUAUCAUAGAGUGCAGUAACGAUUUUAUUCAGGAAUGCUGUCUACUUUUAUCUUAUCUUUUUAGUCGUUUUGAUGAACAACGUGUGCAUACUAAACAAAAUGCUUUAUUUACUCAGAUUCCAUUUACAAUACAUGUGUUGCUGUUAAUUCCGCUCCAAAACUGAAGUUGCGGUCUUCGUGCUGUACAACACUGUAAAGGGUUUAUGUGUCAGCUCAUACACUCCUGUUGCGAAAUGUAGUUUAGCAACAGUGACUUUCAUUUACAGUUAUCUACUGUAGCACUGUAGAACAACCAAAACUGGUGAAAUAUCAAAGGGAAAUCAGGACAAUGCUACUUUUUUUGUCUUUCAAAGAAGUGUGCCAGUUUUAGAAUGCUUUUUGCUUUUCUAUUUCAAGCAUUCCUUUUUAAAGGGGCCCUAUUAUGCUCUUUGGGGUUUCCCUUUC